AUGGAUUCGGCUAAAUUCGAACAAAUUGGCUUGAGCUCAUUCUACCAUGCCAUACCAAUUCUCGAUAAUGCCAACGACUGGUCGCAGUGGAACCAGAAAGUCAAACGUGCACGACGAUGGGCAAGAGAGACCGGAAGCGAUGAGGACCAGGAGCGGUUCCGACAGAUGCGCCACGAACUUGGCCGCCAGAGUGCGAAGGUCGCCAAUGAAGCACAUCGGGAACGAGUAGAAGCAGCGACCAAGUCAAUCGACGACUUCUGGAAGCUAUCGAGAUGGGCCAGGAACACUACCCCGCGGGCGACCCACACUGCGACGCGACCCACACUCCGACAUUGCGUGCAGGGGACAGGGAACCUCGAGGGAUACGACUACCCUGCUGCAGUCAAUGCACCACUAAUCACCUCCGAAGAAGUCAUGCACGCUAUACAGAGAUCUGCAUCGUACAAGGCCCCGGGGCCAGACGGGAUCCCGAAUGCUGCAUUGAAGAAGGCUAUCGAGAUACCAAACAUCAUGUUUCUGACACAUCUGUUCAACGAAUGUCUGCGGCUAGGGUACUGCGCUAGUCAUUUCCGCGAGUCCACUACUGUCAUUCUCAGGAAACCUGGGAAAUCGGACUAUACCAUACCAAAGGCCUACAGACCGAGCACUCUGCUGAGCACGCUGGAGCGAGUGUACGAGUCCUGGAGGCAGGAUGAGCACGUCGCUACACUGCUCACACUUGACGUGACCGGCGCGUUCGAUCAUGUGGCGCAUGAGAGCUUUCUGAGAGACCGCUCAACAACGCUGGUUCUACAAGAAGGCUCGAUGGGCACACACCCGGUGGCCACGGGUAUCCCACAGGGCUCACCCCUAUCACCAAUCCUCUACCUCUUCUACAAUGCAGACCUCAUCGACGAGCUUCACGCUGCCGCUGCCGGAAAAGCUCUUGUGACCGGAUACAUCGAUGAUAUCUGUAUCCUGGUGUGGAGUAAAUCUGCGUUAGACAACUGUCAGCUCCUGGAGAGGCUGCAUCAAGUCGCAGAUGCCUGGGCCAGUCGCCAUGCCUCGCGCUUCGCACCCGCAAAGUACGGAUUAAUGCACAUGUGGAAGAAAGGCUGGAGCGCUCGGAGGGUAAGUCGACCGCCGUCCGGCGAGAGCAUCACCCUCCAAGGCGUUGAAGUCAGGCCCACCUCGUCACUCAAAUACCUCGGCAUCAUGCUGGAUGAGCACCUCACAGGAGAAAGCCAAAUUGCACAGUGUCGUAAGAAGGCUGCACAGCUGAUUGCCGCGCUACGGUCAAUCGUAGGGAUGACAUGGGGGGUCUCGACCCUACACCUUCGCCGCAUGUGGACAGCAGUCCUACUUCCUCAGAUCUCAUUCGCCUGCUCCGCGUGGUAUACACAAGGAGCGUACGGCUCUAAAUCGUUCGAGGACCGAGCAAAUAGCACCUUCCGGUCGAUGCAACGGCAAGUUCUCCAGUAUAUCGCAGGCGCUUUCAGGACGACUGCCGGGCCCGCCCUGGAAGUAUGCCUCUUCGUCCCACCGGCAACAAUCGCCAUACAACGCCUCGCGGAAGAGGCCUGUCUUCGCAUACACGCAUCACCUCUUAUGUUGGAGCUGAUCCGGCCGUUCGCGGUUCCCCCGUGGUGGCAACCGCCAGAGACCCGGAUAGCUCCAGAUAAGGACACCGCCAUCAAAGAACAUGAUCUGAUUCUUCUGGCGACGCCUCUCUACGGGCCGAACUCGGCGAUCGCCUACACAGAUGGGAGCAAAACAGAGGGUGGGGGCGUCGGCGCCUCGGCAGUCACAUCCAAAGGGAACGCAACCGCCAGGCUUGACGAUCAGGAUACGGUCUACGCGGCUGAACCCAAGGGCAUCCUACUCGCACCCAGCGAGAUUAAAGAUGACCUGGUGAGAGAGCUCGUCGCUACUGCGACAGCCCCGGCCCGCACAAUGACCAUAUUCACGGACAACCAGGCCGCCAUCCAAGCAUGUUCCCAUCCACGACGCAGCUCUGGGCAGCAGAUUCUCCGCAACAUCACCAUCCAGAUAGAGAACCUACGGCUAGCGGCCUGGCGCAUCCGCAUCCACUGGAUCCCCGGUCACAUGGGAGUACAUGGAAACGAGCGCGCUGACGUUCUAGCAAAGCUUGCAGCAAGCACAUACGGGCCCGCUGAGGCGGUCAUCCUCUUGUCCGGCUGCCGCACUAGGCUCCGCGAGCGAGCUGCGAAACGGUGGAAGGACGAGUGGGCGUCAAGCCACAGCGGCGCUCAUCUCCGCGCACUUUUCCAUGAACCCACGAAAGAGAUCUUCGCGAUACACGAGUCUCUGAGACGUGCAGCCAGCUCAGUACUGAUACAUAUGCAGACCGGUAAGAUUGGUCUCCCCGCUUACCUCGCUACUCUCCCGCAGUGGAGGGAACAGGCUCUCGAAGAUAACCCAUCGCGGUGCACGUGUGACCAGGGCACCAUGAACACGCAGCACAUCCUCUUCUCCUGUCCCCGUUUCACCGAACUCCGUCACCGAAUCCUUGGACUCGACUGA